AUGAUGCUCUGGGCCUCAAGAGGCAAGUGAGGUGAGGGCCGGGCAGGAAGGGGGGCACAGGAUUGUCCCAGUAAAUACAGCCGGGUGAAUCAUGAAGCUGUACUGUCUGUCAGGACAUCCGACCUUACCAUGCAAUGUACUCAAGUUCAAGUCCACCACCAUCAUGCUGGAUUGCGGACUGGAUAUGACAUCCACCCUCAAUUUCCUUCCAUUGCCACUGGUUCAAAGCCCCAGGCUGUCCAAACUUCCUGGUUGGGUUUUGAAAGACGGAAGCACAUUUCUGGACAAGGAACUAAAGGAGUGCUCUGGCCAUGUGUUUGUAGACUCUGUGCCUGAGUUCUGUUUACCAGAGACUGAGCUGCUUGACCUCUCCACAGUCGAUGUAAUCUUGAUCUCCAACUAUCACUGCAUGAUGGCAUUACCCUAUAUCACAGAGUACACAGGGUUCACUGGAACAGUGUAUGCCACCGAGCCUACUGUUCAAAUUGGCAGACUUCUCAUGGAAGAAUUGGUGAAUUCUAUUGAACGUGUGCCAAAGGCUCAGUCUGCCUCCAUGUGGAAGAACAAGGAGGUACAAAGAUUACUGCCUGCCCCUCUGAAGGACGCAGUGGAAGUGUCGAUGUGGAGGAAGUGCUACACCAUGCCAGAAGUGAAUGCAGCGCUCAGCAAGAUCCAGCUGGUGGGGUACUCUCAGAAAAUUGAGCUAUUUGGUGCUGUGCAGGUCACUCCUCUCAGCUCAGGCUAUGCUCUUGGAAGUUCCAAUUGGAUUAUCCAGUCUCACUAUGAAAAGGUUUCCUAUGUUUCAGGAUCUUCUCUACUUACAACGCACCCUCAGCCCAUGGACCAGGCUUCUCUGAAAAACAGUGAUGUUCUCAUCCUGACAGGUCUUACACAGAUCCCUACAGCUAACCCAGAUGGCAUGGUAGGAGAGUUCUGCAGCAACUUGGCUAUGACUGUCCGGAACGGAGGAAAUGUGUUGGUUCCCUGUUACCCUUCUGGAGUGAUAUAUGAUCUGCUGGAGUGCCUCUAUCAGUAUAUCGACUCUGCUGGCCUCUCCAAUGUCCCUUUUUAUUUCAUCUCACCUGUUGCAAACAGCUCCCUUGAGUUCUCCCAGAUAUUUGCUGAAUGGUUGUGUCAUAACAAGCAAACAAAGGUUUAUCUUCCAGAACCUCCUUUUCCUCAUGCUGAACUCAUUCAGACAAACAAAUUGAAACAUUAUCCCAGCAUCCAUGGAGAAUUCAGCAAUGACUUCAAGCAGCCGUGUGUUGUGUUCACUGGCCAUCCCUCUCUUAGAUUUGGAGAUGUGGUUCAUUUCAUGGAAUUAUGGGGAAAAUCUAGCUUGAACACUGUUAUCUUCACAGAACCUGAUUUCUCUUACCUGGAUGCUCUGGCUCCUUAUCAACCUUUAGCAAUGAAAUGUGUUUACUGUCCCAUUGACACAAGGCUGAAUUUUAUUCAGGUGUCUAAACUACUUAAAGAAGUCCAGCCUCUCCACGUGGUUUGCCCAGAGCAGUACACUCAGCCACCACCCACCCAGUCUCAUCGGACAGAUUUGAUGAUAGACUGCCAGCCUCCUCCAAUGUCCUACCGCAGAGCAGAGGUCCUCACUCUGCCGUACAAGCGGCGCUACGAGAAGAUCGAAAUCAUGCCUGAACUUGCAGAUUCGCUUGUGCCCUUGGAGAUUAAGCCUGGUAUUUCCUUGGCAACAGUUUCUGCUGUGUUGCAUACUAAAGACAACAAGCAUGUGCUGCAGCUCCCUCCAAAACCUCCACAACCUACUGCUGGCAAGAAGAGAAAGCGAGUGAGUGAUGAGGUGCCAGAGUGUAAACCUCUGAAGCCACUGCUGAGCGGCUCCAUUCCUGUGGACCAGUUUGUGCAGACUCUGGAGAAGCAUGGUUUCAAUGAUGUGAAGGUGGAGGACACAGCCAAGGGCCACAUCGUGCUGCUCCAGGAGGCAGAAACCCUCAUCCAGAUCGAGGAGGACUCCACCCACAUCAUUUGUGACAACGAUGAACCUUUGAGGGUGAAACUGCGUGACCUGGUUCUCAAGUUCCUGCAGAAGUUUUAGCUGCUGGGCAUCAUGCUGCUCUGCAAGGAGAGGCCCCAAAGAACCUGAGCUAAGGGAGAGAGAACAUUUCUUCAUCCAAAGAGACCAGAAACCACCUUCCCUUUCAUGGAGAAGCAAGGAAGUAUUUUCUUUAUCUAUCUAUUUUUAAAAUGUUAUUGUUGAACACUUUUGGAAUACUUUGGAGGAGAUUCCUGUUUUGUACAAUUGGGAGUUGGGAUCUUCUAGGAGAUAUGAAGCACAGAGUGAGUAAACAGAGUGUAUAUUUACACAGGCAGGGUGCAGACAAAGCCCUUACUUUGUGUGACCCUCUCAGCAGUGAAUGCCCUAGUCCUUCACCUGAGAAAACUCUGUAGGAAUAUUGAAACAACAGCCUUAGAUAUUGGGAGAUUCAUUUUUCUCCCCACUGCUUCUUCCUGGUCACCAGAUCCAGUUUUCUCUCUGUCCUCCAUCUGCAUUCUUGGGCAUAUUUCACUGACACAAAAGGGAAGGAGAAAGCUGCUAAGGCAGAGAUGAUAAAAGUAGAAAAAGGAGGCUGUGGUGGGCAGGUAGAACAGUUUCAGAGGGGCAGGAGCCUGGCCAUUCCCUCUGAAAGCAGAGGCAUUUGGAAAACAGACUAUGUGCUUUAGUGAUGUGAGGUGUUGAUUGAUAGAGCACCCUCACCUGUUGUGACCAAUUUGUCCACCUAGCUCUAGGCUCUUCACUGAGAUUGGUUCCUUCACCAUCAGUGCAGAAGUAUUGCAGGAAGAUGCUUUCAAAAGUAUAUAAAGCAGUUAAAACUCCUAGUACUUUGGAAUUUAAGUGCCUCUUGUUUCUGCCUUCCAAAAGCCCAUCCCCCCCAGUCCCAAAUCCUGACUCAUAUAAAUCCAUCUGUACCACACACCUGAGGAGGAUUUUGUGCCUCAAGUCAUCUACUGGGGGCCUAAACUUAGGAGUAUUGCUUUUAGAAGUGGCCAGUUUCUCAGAUUCACUGCUGUUUGUUUUUUAGGGAGUUGGUUUGUAUUUAUUUGGUGUUCAAAAUAAAAAGCCUGGUCAGGAGGAA